AUGUCCGCUCGCUAUUUCCUCUCCGCCCUUCUUUUGGGUGCGGCGGCCGCGUCCGCCGGCCGAUCCGCUCAACCCCGAGCGAUGCCGCCGCCCGGCGCUGUCAUCUAUGCCUGCACCAAGCCCGACAUGGUCGCCCUGACGUUCGACGACGGACCCUACCAGUUCACCAGCGGCAUUCUGGACGAGUUUGCAAAGUACAACGCCAAGGCCACCUUUUUCCUCAACGGCCACAACUGGGGCUCUAUGUUGGAUUACAAACCCACCGUCCAGCGAAUGUUGGCUGAAGGUCACCAGAUCGGACACCAUACUUGGUCUCACCAGGAUCUCGCGACUCUUACCGCCGACGCCGUUCUUCUCGAGAUGACCAAGCUCGAGGUCGCCCUGAUUCCGAUUAUUGGCAAAUUCCCCACUAUCAUGGGGGCCCUCGGGUACCACGUCAUCCACGCCAACAUCGACACCUUUGAUUACAACAACCAAAACACCUGCCUGAUUCGCAACAGUAUUGAGUAUUUCGAGGACGGCCUCGAUCGAGGAGGCUCCAUCGUUCUCGCCCACGACGUCCACAAGUAUACCGCCGAGAAUCUCGUCCCCGCCAUGCUCGCGAGCCUCCACCGUCGAAACCUUCGAGCCGUUACCGUCGGAGAAUGUCUCGGCGACCCGGAGGCCAACUGGUACAGGGGUCCCCGCGACGGUUAUGUUCCACCUUCCACCCCUAUCGGCGGUGUGGAUACCGUACAUGGGACGUGCGGCGGCGAGAACGACUAUGAUCUUAGUCUGCUCGCCGUCGUCAUGAUUGAAUCAAAGUUUGGUCACGUGCCUGUCGUUGACCGAACUGCUAAAGUCGGUGGGAAAGGGAAAAAGCGGGCAUCGAAACGGGAACCCAAUUUUUCCCAUGUCAAACUCUCUUUGAAGCACUUGACGUUAGCCUCGCCACGGCUCAACAGCAUGUUUUCUGGUCCGUGGUUAGAAUCGACUAAGCAGUCUGACGGCCUUCAUCUGUGGGAAACGGGCGAUUUCUUUGAUCCCACGGCCUUUGUCAUAGUAAUGAACACUAUCCAUGGACGAAACCGUUGCGUACCUAAGACCAUCUCCUUGGAUGAGCUCGCAAAAAUCGCCGUCAUUGUGGAUGACCUUCAGUGUGCUGAAGCCAUGGAGACAAUGGUCGAUGUUUGGUUACGAACCACAAAAUAUGAUGAGACACUACCUUUUGGCCGGGACCUGAUCUUGUGGCUUCUCGUCUCCCAGGUGUUUUCUCUGGACUCCAUCUUCCUGGCUACCACUCGGAGCAUCAUGUUGACUAGCAACGGACAACUAGACAAUCUUGGCCUUCCAAUCCGCCAUGAUAUCAUUGCCGAGAUCGAAACUCGCAAAGCAUCUAUGAUUAACCAGGUUAUAAACGCUGUAUAUAGCGCCGCCAACCAUUGGCUCCAAGGCAAAGGUAACUCUAUUCGCCCCCGCUCUCAAACCCCCAUCCUCGGUUUCCGGCCUGACGCUCAGGAGCUUCGACCGAGCUGGUAA